AUGGCGGGAAUGCUUAACAUGCAUUUGACUUUGGUCCUACUAUACUCCAUCCUGUUUGCAUCAGCUGCAAGCUCAACCUUUCAGACCGCCCCAAAAUGUCGAUUCUCUCCCCAACACUCUCAACAAGACAUUCUCACCAACGGUCACUUCCACCAAGACAACGUUGGAUAUAAUACAGCCAAUGAAAUGACAUAUGAUGGCACCCUCCUGGACCCUCGAACGGGUCUCAACAACAUUGGCGGGCUACAUCCCUUCAACGCAGCUAGAAAAGAGUCUCUCCAUGUCAUGGUACUAACGCAUGCUAUCGCGGGCAACCGCCACGCGGCCCGCUUCCUGUCACCCGAACAGCCAGACCACGCAGCUACUGUUGCGGUCGAUAUCUUGGAGAAGAAGCUCGAUACAUGUCUUAAGUUUAAUAGGACAUACCCGGGGUUCGUCGAAGCCUUCGAACAAUGGAAAAAUUUAAGGUUACAGAGCCUCGCAAAGAGAUGGCAAAAGUGGCUAGACUACACGAAAGUGACGGCUGAAGAGGUUUUCUACAAUGGUAUAGGUCGUGUCUGUGCUGUAGAAAGCAUCAGGAAUCAAUCAGUGCCUAUUGGUGGCUUUAACCAAUCCUACAUUUGCGAAGGGACCCAGGCCCUAAACGACCCGUACGAAGGCGAACCGUUCACUUUGUGGCUGUAUCUGUUCUCCCCAUGCCUUACAGCCACCGACAAGGCGGAUAUAUGGGCCGUGAAGCGCCCACAACUCGUAUUGGUUGAGUGGGAUUCCAAUACUUCUCUCGGCAACGUCACCGUCGGAUUUUCCACAACUGAACGAGCUCGGACUUGUAACUCGUAUCUAAACAAUCUCCCUGGGAUGUAUGCGUCAGUGAACAACAUCACAGAUUCCAGUUGCCAGAUUCGAGGUUACAUAUUGAGUGUCGGUAUUCCAAGCACCUCCAACCAAACAGUGCAAGAGUUGGACGUCGUCACUCCGUAUGCAGUCUUUCCGACUAUUCUUUUCAAUCGUAGUAUUGGCCUUGCCUGGUGGAAGAACAUGGUGGAUGGGAAGGGAAUGCAAAACCCAUACGGCUCAACCAAAUCCGAAAGGGUAGAUGGAGGGGAUAUCAGCAGCUUUGUGAGCUGGAACAGCAAGAUCACAACUGUUACAGCAAUCCUCGGCGGCUACGAAAAUUCAUUCGGACAAAGAUUGAGGGGAGAAAACGUAGAACUCUGUCUUCCCAAAGCCCAGGUGGCGAUUACUGUGGCAGUGAGGGAUUAUGAGUCUUGCCGAGCAUGGUGCGAAUCUAACCUCAUCUCACCUUUCCUCAUGCAAAUAAACUCUGUGCCACCGUCGGUCGACGAAUAA